AUGGUGGCCGCCAUUCCAUCCGCAAACAUCAAUGAUGCAGAGACCAGCAGCACUCCUGCUAUCGCUUUAAGCAAUUUAAGAGGACAUGGACCUCAAGGCAAGCAGGAUGGCAUAUGCAUCUCUCUCUCCAGCAACCACGCUGCAACGAUGAGACUCGUCUACCUUCUCCUCCCCCUAAGCCUGGGGCUACCAAUCGCCAUUCCCGUCGAAGGCACCGAAGUAUACAAGCUGCAACACCAACUCCAACACCCUGAAUAUCACCAACAACAGCAGCAACAGACAAUCCUCGCACAAAACCACUCAGAUGAAAAACAAUCACAAAUCCAACCUAGCUCUAUUUCCCACGGGUCAUUCAUCAACCUCAACCUCAACCUCCACAAGCUCAAGCUCAAGCUCAAGCUCAAGCCCAACGACCACCACCACAACAACGAGACCAACCAACCAGCCGACAAAAUCCUCCAAGCGUACAUCCACACCCUCCACACCUCCCACCUCUGCGCCCACACCCUCUCGCAAUACGCCCCCGAGCUCCUCGCCCUCGCGCUCUUCUCCCUCCUCCCCAUUACCCUCUGCAUCCUGGCCAUCGCAGAGCGCAUCGCCCGCUCCUGGACCGUCGAGGCGUAUCCCGAGCGCGGGCGCGACAGGCGCCGGUUUCUGGGCCGGGAGCGGCAAUGUCUGAUGCAGGCGAGGAGGGAGAGAGAGAAGAGGGCUGUACUGGAGAGAGGAUGGUGGAUUGCGGAGCGGAAGCGUUGA